AUGGCCGAUAUCGAAGCACCAGAAAGCACCCUUCCCUACCCACCCGUCCACAAAGACAAGAAAUUCGUUGUUCUCUCCGACUGGGAUGGCACCAUCACCACUUACGAUUCGAAUGAUUACAUGACGGAUUUCCUUGGAUUCGGGAAGGAGAAGAGAAGGCAGGGUAACCUAGAGAUCCUGUCUGGUAGAGAAACCUUCCGCGAUGCGUUCCGUGAGAUGUUGGAAAGUGUUUCCGCCAACGGACAUACCUUCGAGGAGUGCAAGGAAGUUCUGAAGAACAACAUCAAACUGGACUCCGGCUUCAAGGACUUCUACCAGUUCUGCAAGAGCAAAGACAUCCCCGUCAUCAUCGUCUCCAGUGGAAUGGAACCCCUCAUCCGCGCCGUGCUGUCCAAACUCAUCGGCGAAGAAGACGGAAAGGACAUCGAGAUCAUCUCGAACACCGCGGUCGUCAAGCCUGACGGGAAAUGGGAGAUCCAGUAUCGUCACCCGAGCAGUGGUUUCGGCCACGACAAGUCGCAGGCUAUCCUUCCCUACCGCCGCCUCGAAAACCCUCCUACGCUGUUCUUCUUUGGCGACGGCGUCUCCGACAUGUCCGCCGCGAAACACGCCGACAUCCUCUUCGUCAAAGAAAAACCCGACGGCGACAACGACCUGGCUGCGUACUGCAACAGGGAGGGCAUCAAGCACAUCCUUUUCCCUGAUUUUAGUGAGGCGACGAAGGUGGUGAGGAGUGUUGUGGAGGGGGAGAAGACACGGGAGGAGGUGUUGGGGAAGGGGAGGUGUUGA